AUGCCGAAACAAUACACCCUCUGCGGCCGGCGCAUCCCCCGCCUCGGAACCCGCCGAAUCCCCCUUCUCCUAACCAUUCUCGGCCUCUUCGCCCUUAUCACCCUCCUCAGCAGCACCAUUAGCACUGGCUUCCCCUCAACCGCAAAAACAACUCAAAACCUCCGCACCGCCGCCGGCAGACACUUCACAGUAACAACAGCCAACCACCCCUGGCUCAACAAACUCAACCCGUUCAAGCCCCCCGCACACCCGCCGCGGCUACGGAAAAGCGACACCGAUGGUGAGUCGGUGUGGUACGCGGACUGGUCAUGGCUGCGCAUGCCGUUCAGCAGCGCGGUCACGUUGGACGAGAACCGGGCACUCUUGCCCCCGUUGAAGGAGAGGGUGGCGGUGUACUGCUAUUAUGAUGGGGAGGAUGAGUCUAGGAAAAAGAAAGGAGAUGGGGUGCUAGGGGAAGCUGAGGAGGCUGCUCGGAAGGAUGCUGAGAGUGAGUUGUUGCUCGCCUGGCGCCGGGCUUGGUGGGCGCAGGGGUUCAAGCCGGUUAUUCUUGGUCCUGCUGAGGCGAUGAAUAACCCGCUUUAUGAGGAGUUGCAGAAGGUCGAGGGGAUUCGUUUGGAGCUCAAGACGGAUUUGUUGCGCUGGUUGGCGUGGGAGAAUAUGGGGGAUGGUGUGCUUGCGAGCUAUCUCGUCUUUCCUAUGGGUCCACACGAUGAUCCGUUGUUGGCUCACAUCCGCCGUGGCGAGUUCCCGAAACUGACACGGUUUAGGGAUUUUGAUGAUGGUUUAUUUGUUGGGUCUACGGGCGAUGUUACGGCCGUUAUCAAAGGGGUAAUGAGUGGCCAGGGUCUUGCCGAGGCGAAGGAUGUUAUCACGGCCGUGGAGGCAAACAAGGAGAGCCCCUUUGUGCUGGACGAUGCGCCCAAAGCCCUAGCGUACUAUUCAAUGGCCCAGGUCAAGGCUCUUUACGUGCAGGUGGUGGAGGAUAUGACGGUCUCCUACUCGCGAGGGUUGAAGAGCCUCACCCAUCUCAUCAACGCCCACCUUCAUACGACCUGGCAAAGUACCUUCACUGACGGUAUUACGGUGGCCAAGCCACUGCCACAUCACACGACUCACCUCAUCACACCCGCAUAUGAGCUGGCCCAACGACUGGCACACUGCCCAGAAUCCCCUAUCCCAGAUAGCUGCCCACCAAACCACCCAACUUGCCGCGUAUGCGACGACUCUAAGCCAAUGAAGGUCACAAUCCCAUCAUCCUACUCUGACGCCAGCACGCUCUACACGAUUGGCACCGUCCCACACCCCUACACCACAUCUACCCUGGGGUAUCUCCGCACCGAACUCUCCAUCCCCUGGAUCCGCCGCGACUCACCCCGCGACGCCUGGACAACCUCAUUAAUGUCAUCCCUCUUCCCCGACUCCAUCUCCACCACGCCGCGUCUCAUCCGCUUCAAGGAAGCCGUCGCCUCCGACGAAGCCAGCAUCACCGAAGCCACCCAAGAAAAGGGGAAAGGAAAAGGAGACAACAGAUCAGGAACAAAAGGCGGAGCCUCCCGCUCCCUCUGGCUCCCCGCCGAACAACAUCUCCCCACCGAUCUCGACUGGCACUUUGGCUUCAUCCUCCCCGCCCCAGCGACCUACGUCGACCAACUAGCACCAAACAGCAAAGGCACCAUUACCAUCCCAGCCCUCCACUCCCAAAAAGACGGGCCCCUCCCCACAGAAGCCGACCUAGCCCUAGAACCCGCCAUCCUCUCUCGUGCUCGCGCCAUCGUGCUCCCCAACAGCCAGAAAACGACCAAGCCCGACCCAAAAGGCAAAACAACCACCAACCCUCCAGAACCCCACGACUUACCUCCCUUGCCCAGUAAAGAAGACAUCCUCCUCCGCAACGCCAUCGAAGCCUGGAACCUAGCCGAUACCGAAGCCUGGCGGUUCGCGCGAGCCUAUCUCGCACGGAAAUCAGUAGAACGUGCUGAGUGGGAAGCGCAAGAGGCUAAAUAUGGCGGGGGCAUGGGGAUGGAAAAGGGACGUGCUGGUAAGGUUGAUAGUGAGAAGGAGAAGGGGGAAGAGAAAAUGGGAAAGGGGACUGAAAAGGGGGAUCUUGGUAGUGGUACUGGGAAUGAGGAGAUGAAAGGGGGAUCAGAAGGACGACAGGUUAUUCAGGAGGCAGAAGAAAGGGAAACAAGACCGAAAACGGGAACCAAGAAAGGAACAGCAAGAAUUUGGGACCGGUGGCUAGAUUGA